CACCGCGGUGCAGUCGGUCCUCAAAACAGAGACGGAGGGCGCUGCGCCGCAAUCACUGCAGGGCUGACGCCUGGAGGGUGUUCGCUUGAGUCUGCGCGCCGCUGGGGUUUCCCACGAUCCUGUCACCUCCAUCGCCGACGCGGUCAGCCACAAGAGGUUUCUGCAGUCGAACUCCACGGUACAGGAUGAUUUGGGAAGGAGCUGUGUGGCUCAGCUUGGUCCUGGGGAUUGGUGCUGUCCUCAUAGAUGAUCCCGAGGACGGAGGCAAGCACUGGGUGGUCAUUGUCGCAGGUUCAAAUGGCUGGUAUAAUUAUAGGCACCAGGCAGAUGCGUGCCACGCCUACCAGAUUGUUCACCGCAAUGGGAUUCCGGACGAGCAGAUCAUUGUGAUGAUGUACGAUGACAUUGCCAACUCUGACGACAAUCCCACUCCUGGAGUUGUGAUCAACAGGCCCAAUGGCUCGGAUGUAUAUGAGGGAGUCCUGAAGGACUACACCGGCGAGGAUGUCACCCCGCAAAAUUUUCUUGCUGUGUUGAGAGGUGAUGCAGAAGCAGUGAAGGGCAAAGGAUCUGGAAAGGUCUUGAAGAGUGGCCCCCGGGAUCACGUUUUCAUUUACUUCACCGAUCAUGGAGCUACUGGAAUACUGGCUUUUCCUAAUGAUGAUCUUCAUGUCAAGGACCUGAAUCACACCAUCCGUUACAUGUACAAACACAAGAUGUACCAAAAGAUGGUGUUCUACAUCGAAGCCUGUGAGUCUGGGUCCAUGAUGAGCUCCCUGCCCAGCGACAUCAACGUUUAUGCAACUACCGCUGCCAAUCCCGACGAGUCAUCCUAUGCCUGUUACUAUGAUGAGCAGAGGUCCACGUACCUGGGGGACUGGUACAGCGUCAACUGGAUGGAAGACUCGGACGUGGAGGACUUGACCCAAGAGACUCUCCACAGGCAGUACCAGCUGGUCAAAUCCCACACCAACACGAGCCACGUCAUGCAGUAUGGAAACAAGUCCAUCUCUACCAUGAAACUGAUGCAGUUCCAGGGACUGAAACACAAAGCCAGCUCUCCUAUCUCCCUACCUCCGGUCCAGCACCUUGACCUCACCCCAAGCCCUGAGGUGCCCCUCAUGAUCAUGAAAAGGAAACUGAUGUCCACCAAUGAUCUGCAGGAGUCCAGGCGUCUCGUUGAGGAGAUCCACAUGCAUCUGGAGGCCAGGAACGCCAUUGAGAAGUCCGUGCAAAAGAUUGUCUCCUUGCUCGUGAGGUCUGAUGACGAGGUGGGGAGGCUCCUGGCUCAGAGAGCCCCGCUCACGGCUCACGACUGCUACCAGGAGGCCGUGUCACACUUCCGCACGUAUUGCUUUAACUGGCACUCCCCCACGUACGAAUAUGCUUUGAGACAUUUGUACGUGCUGGUCAACCUUUGUGAAAAACCGUACCCUGUUGACAGAAUAAAAUCAUCCAUGGACAAGGUGUGCCUUGGCUCCUACUGAAACUCUGCCUUCUUGAUGCUUUUCCAAGUGUGAACACCGUCCCUGGGAAUGUGUGCUAAUCAGAGACUGAAGAAGUAGAGCAAGAGGGAAGCGAACCCCAGCAGCUCCAGCCCAGGCCUGUCUUGUCACAAGCGGGCUUGCUGGCCUCUCCCUACUUCCCUGGUCUCCUACAGGUACCAUGUGAUGCUCUGAGAACCCACAGAUGUGACUGGGCAAAGCUCUGUGUUGAGAAAGGUCUAUUUGCUUUUUUUUAAAGUUUUUUGCCCAUUAGUUUUAAGGAGCAAGAGGUUCACUGGGGCUUCUUAACCAGUGAACACAUCUCUGUUCCGAGGAAGUUGAAGCUGGAGCCCCUUAUGUCUUCAGAAUGAGUUUACUGAAGGGGGACAUAAGCCCCAACGGGAAGACUGUUUUUAGAAAAUAAUAUAAUUUUUGGCUGCGUUUGUAUUUUAUUCCACAAUGAGGACACGUCUUACAAAAUAAAGCUUCUGACUGACCACAA